AUGAACGCUCCCUCUUCCGUCGACCGCCCUGCUCCCGUUACCGUUAAUCGUAUGGUUGCCGAAAGGUACCGGUUGAUAGCCGAAGUGGGGUCAGGCUUCCACAGCCGUAUUUACAGGGCCCAUGACACUGUGGAAGAUGUGGACGUGGCCAUAAAGGUCGAGUUCCACGAAUACGGCGAUGGAUCGCUCGCCAACGAGCACAUGAUAUAUCAGUUUCUCAGAGGCUGUGCCGGAACGCCUCAACUCUUGUGGUACGGAGUGCACAGCGACGUUUGCACGGCAAUGGUCAUACCUCUGCUGGGCCCUUCGUUGCACGCACUGAAUGAGGCGCAAGGCGGCCUCCGCCUCAUGACCAUAUUAGGCUUUGCCUUGGAUUGUAUCACUAUACUCGAGGGUAUCCAUGAUCGCGGCGUGAUACACGGGGACGUGAGCCCCAAGAACAUAUUGCUCGCUCGGCCGUUACGCAACGGAUCACCGACGAACGGCGAGAUUGGGGGGUCAAACAAACUCGUUAUCGUUGACUUCGGGUCGAGCCGUAAGCUCGAAGCCAUUCGCCCGUUGCCGACAUAUGCACCGAUCGGGACGUUCAUAUUCGGUUCUCACAACGAUGGAUACUACACGCCGUCCCCGUACGACGAUCUGGAGAGCCUCUCUUAUGUCGUGAUGUUCCUGCUGGCUGGCUCCCUGCCCUGGGACGACGAAAUUGAUCUUGAUCGCCUUCGCGACAUGAAGCUCAACUUGAGCCCACAAGCGUUCAAGCACACACUCCCGCCAUGCGUCUUCGAUAUUCACGAAUAUGCGAUCAAAGGCACCCGCGAACGGCCGAAUUACCAACUCAUGAAGGAAAAGGUCUUGCAUGGGAUGUGGAUUGAGACGCUGACAAGUGUGGCGAAGUUCGUGCGAAAUAGCCCUUCCAACGGGCGCAGCGGCUUGUCUAGCACAUCACCGUUGAAAAAGAUUUCGCCGCUAUAG